AUGUUCAAGCAUAGUACAGGUAUUCUCUCGAGGACAGUUUCUGCAAGAUCGCCUACAUUGGUCCUGAGAACAUUUACAACGAAGGCUCCAAAGAUCUAUACUUUUGACCAGGUCAGGAACCUAGUCGAACACCCCAAUGAUAAAAAACUAUUGGUAGAUGUAAGGGAACCCAAGGAAGUAAAGGAUUACAAGAUGCCAACUACAAUAAAUAUUCCGGUGAAUAGUGCCCCUGGCGCUCUUGGAUUGCCCGAAAAGGAGUUUCACAAAGUUUUCCAAUUUGCUAAACCACCUCACGAUAAAGAAUUGAUUUUUCUUUGUGCGAAAGGAGUAAGAGCCAAAACUGCCGAAGAGUUGGCUCGAUCUUAUGGGUACGAAAACACUGGUAUCUAUCCUGGUUCUAUUACUGAGUGGUUAGCUAAAGGUGGUGCUGACGUUAAGCCCAAAAAAUAA